GUGUCAUCUAUUGGUCUGUAAAGAGGAAGUAACCGGAUGUGGAAACAUUAGCUUGGCUUGCUAAAUCCCGAUAGAAAAAUCUCUUAAAGUUUGUGAAAAACGAGUAUAAUUGAAGUCUAAGACUCUCCACUCAACACUCGCCGUGAGGAAACCGCUUCUACAUGUUUGCUUUGAACAGCUGUGCUAAAAGACACGUCCACGCUGAGUUUGUGAGACAGUACGGGGAAGCACAAGUCGUCUGUGGACACCUCCCCUAAGCCUUGUUGCUCAGCUGAGGACCAAUACUAGGGACAGUUACAGAGUGGAACCAGAACUUCUGACCAAGGAAGCAGAUAACCAGAAGCUGUCGGUUACAUGGCUGAAACCGUGACCUACUAAAAAACAUAUGUAGGUUGCAAACAAGGAUUGUGAAAAAGGAGAAUCCCAGGGGGAUCAAGGGUGUCUAAAAUGAUGAAGGUCAAAGCUGACAUCCCCAGAGGGCUCCGUGUGGAGCCCCCCAUUCCUGCAGCAUCCACAUCAGAACCGGAGCAGAAACAAGACAGCAAAGAUCUCAUCCAUCAGAUGUUGGUGAUUAAAGUGGUUCCCCAUGACUGGAGCCCCAGUUUGGACCAGCAGGAUCCAGGGCCCCCCCACGUAAAGGAGGAAGAUGAGGAGCUGUGGAUCAGUCAGGGGGAAGAGCAGCUUUCUGUAAAGAGUGAAGAUGAGGAAAAACCUCGGUUAUCAGAGCUUCAUCAAGUCAAAACUGAAAACAAUAGAGAGACAGAAGCUCCAACCAGCAGCUCAGUUAUACAGAUGGAAAGAGAACCUGAUGGACAGAGCUGUGGAGGAUUAGAACCAGACAAGAACCCAGAUCCAGUAUGUUCUUCCCACCUAAGUAAGAAGAUGGUUGAGAGAAGAGGUAAGACAUCAAAACUGUCUUCCAGUGUUACGGCUCAGUAUGGAGUCCACACAGGAGAGAAGCCAUUUGGUUGCAAUAUUUGUGGCAAAAGAUUCAAACAUGAGAGGAAUCUUAAAUUACACAUGAUGAUUCACACUGGAAUGAGAGAGCAUAGGUGUGAUCUUUGUGGUAAAGGAUUUAAGGAAAAGUUUUCUCUUCAGACACAUAUGAGAGUCCACACUGGAGAGACUCCAUUUUCCUGUGAUGAUUGUGGGAGAAGGUUCCAUGCAAAGAGAAAUCUUACCGUUCACAUGAAGCUCCAUUCAGAAGAAAAAACAUUUUCUUGUGAUGUUUGUGGUGCAAGAUUUAAGGUAAAAGUAAGUCUUAAAAAACACAUGUGGAUCCACACUGCAGAGAGACCUUUUGUUUGUAGUGUUUGCAAGAAAGGUUUUUCACAACAACAUCUUUUAAAGAGACACAUGCUUAUUCACACAGGAGAGAAACACUACAUUUGUAGUGUUUGUAGUAAAGGAUUUUCACAGCUAGUAUAUCUGAGAAGGCACCUGGAUAUUCACAAUGCACAAUUUAGCUGUAGAGACUGUGGAAAAUGUUUUGUGAAGGAAACACAGCUACAGCGACAUGUGAGGUUCCACACAGAGGAGAGACGAUUUGGUUGCGAUGUCUGUAAAAGCAGAUUUAGUCAAAGGCAAACUCUUGAAAAUCACAUGAAAGUCCAUUCAGGAGAAAAACAGUUUGUUUGUCAUGUUUGUAGUAAAGCGUUUUCACUGCAUGGAGAUCUAAAGAGACACAUGCGUGUUCACACAUGAGAGAAACUGUUUGUUUUUAGUGUUUGCAGUCAAAGAUUUUCAAGACCAGCAUAUCUGAAAAAACACAUGGAUGUUCACACUUCACUUUUUGAAAGUUUUAUUAAUUGCAGUUAACUUUUUUUGACAUUCAGAUGAAGCAACAUUUUAAACUCCACAGAAGGAGAGGCCUUUUCAUUGUGAUGUUCGCAAAAGUAGAUUAAAUAUAAAGAAUCAUUAUUAAAAGUACUUACCAGGCAGCACAGGGGUAAAGUGUGUGACCAAUGUACGGAGGCCUUAGUACUCGACACAGACUGUCGUGGGUUUGAGUCCCAGCACGUUGACGUUUACUGUGAUUUGAUUUCAUAAAUAAUGGUCGAUUUCUAAGAAGAGUUCAACCUUGUAAGAGCAGCACACUGAGACAGGCAACAACUCCAGUUGCUACAAAUACGUUUCUUAUUUUUUGGUUUUAUGGUUGUAUGAAGUGUUAAUUUAUUGUUCUUUGUUCUGGCUCAUUAUUGCUGUGCAGCACAUUCAUGCAAGUCUGUUUAAAACACAAUUUAAAUAAAGUUGACAUUGACUGAAA